GAACGCCGCAAUGUCUCGGGCGCCUCCACGGAAUCAACAACAUCGGCCGACGGAGCACACAGAACCAGUCGAGCAACAGAUCGGGCGCAAGAACGAGUUCAAAUUCGCACGACGGACGGCUUAACUGGAGGUCGAACGCGCUCAGCCAAAAUACUUGGAUUGUCUCGAUCUUUGGGUUGGGAAGUCGAUGAUUGGCCACUGCUAGUCGGAUGAUAGGGACGGCUCCUAAGUAGAAGUUUCUUUCCCUUUUCUCUUCGAUCAAGGACAGCGGGCCGAGUCCUUGGCAGGGUGGCUGUGCUCUCCAUCUUCCACGCGGGGUAGUGACCCAACACAUCGAUCCUAUUUGACCACGAGCAGUACUAAAUGCGCCGCACACCAAAGCCCCCCUCCUCCUCCUCCACGGCAAUCCAGCAGCCAUGGCCGACACUGCCGCUUCAUCCUCCGCCCCGCUCCCGUCGAGACGCCUCCUCGGCAAGAGCGUGAUCGUCACCGGCGCGGGGGGCGCCAUCGGCGUCGAGACGUCGGGCCGCCUGCUGCUCGAGGGCGCGAACCUCGUGCUGGUCGACAUCAGCGCUGCGGCGCUCGAGGCCGCCGUGGCGAAACUCGCGCCGUUCCUCGCCCCGGACGAGCCCGCGGACACGCGCAUCCUGAGCGUCAGCGCGGACGUCGCGUCGGAGGCGGCCGUCGCGGACUUCACCGCGCAGACGGUCGCGAAGUUCGGGCGCGUCGACUGCGCGUUCCUCAACGCGGGCAUCAACGAUCCCGCGACGAGCAUCUUCGACACGACCGAGGCGCGCUUCGAGAAGAUCAUGCGCGUGAACGUCACGUCGGCGUUCCUGGGCAUCAAACACAUCGGCAAGGCGAUGAAGGAGGCCGGCGCGGGCGGCAGCAUCGUCCUCACCUCGUCGAUCGCGGGGCUGCGCGGCACGCCCGGGAUGACGCCGUACUCGGCGUCCAAGUUCGCGGUGCGCGGCCUCGCGCUCACCGCCGCAGGCGAGCUCGGCCCGUUUGGCAUCCGCGUCAACACGAUCCACCCGAGCGGGGUCAACACGCCGAUGUUCCAGAACUCGUGGAGCCCCGAGAAGAUGGCGGAGCUGAAGAAGGCGAUGCCGCUGGGCCGGUUCGCGGAGACGCACGACAUCCCUGGCGUUGUGUGCUUCCUGUUCGGGGACGACUCGAAAUUCAUGACCGGCGGGUUCCUCAAGAUCGAUGGAGGAUGUGUUAGCUUCUAGAUGACCGCAGUAACUGGACACAAAUGUAAAGUACGAC